UGCAGGUUGAAACUACUUCCUGUUGACAUGCAAAAGAACAUACAACUAAUUUGUACUUUGUCCAAGUCAAAAUUCAAAAAGAAACAUAGCAAAGUAAUACAGUAUGGAACUGCUGGAUUUAGAACAAAAGGUGAAGAUUUGGAACAUGUGUUGUUUAGAAUGGGAGUGCUGGCUGUUUUGCGGUCCAAAGUUAAGAAAGCCACAAUAGGUGCGAUGAUAACAGCAUCUCACAAUCCAGAGGAAGAUAAUGGAGUAAAACUUGUAGAUCCUAUGGGAGAAAUGUUGGAAUCUUCAUGGGAAAGUAUUGCUACAAAGUUAGCAAAUAUUGAUGAUGAUGACAUUGCAACAGAACUUAAUACCAUUAUACAACAAGAGAAUAUCGAUGAAAACCAACCUGCUAAUGUAUUCUUUGCCAGAGAUACAAGACCAAGUAGUGAGCAUUUAGCCAGUGCUUUACAAGAGGGCAUCACUGCAGCUGGGGGAAACUUUCAAAAUUUUGGACUAUUGACUACACCACAGUUACAUUAUAUGGUGAGAUGUGUCAAUACAAACAACAAUUAUGGACAACCAACAGCGGAUGGAUACUACAAUAAACUAACUACUGCAUUCCGAACAUUAUAUAAACAGGGAAAUAAGAAUUAUAAAGCUAGUUUGGUAAUAGAUGCAGCCAAUGGCAUUGGAGCAAUUCAAACCAAACUUCUCAAUUUACAUAUCAAAGAUCUGUUACAUAUUGAGCUGAGAAAUGAUGGAAGUUCUGGAAGACUUAACCAUGAGUGUGGUGCAGAUUAUGUGAAAGUCCAACAGAAACCACCUGCAGGCAUAGACAUGAAACCAGGAACCAGAUGUUUAUCAUAUGAUGGAGAUGCUGAUAGAAUUGUUUAUUAUUAUGGAGAUAAAGAUAACACAUUCCAUUUACUUGAUGGUGACAAGAUUGCUACACUUGUUGCAGGAUAUUUAAAGAAUCUGAUGAGUGAAUCAGGAUUGAAGUUAAACUUAGGCUUAGUACAGACAGCUUAUGCUAAUGGUAGCUCUACAGAUUAUAUAACAAAUAAGCUACAAGUCCCAGUGGCAUGUGUACCUACAGGGGUUAAACAUCUACACCACAGAGCUUUAGAGUUUGAUAUUGGUGUUUAUUUUGAAGCAAAUGGCCAUGGCACCGUGCUGUUCAGUGAUAAAGCUACACAGACAAUCAGUAAUGCUACCAAAGAUACUAGUAAGACAGAAGCACAAAGAAAGUCAGCUUCCUGCCUGUUAACUGUCAUAGAUCUCAUUAAUCAGACAGUAGGGGAUGCUAUCUCUGACAUGUUGUUGGUAGAACUUAUACUGUCUACACAAGGCUGGAAUGCAGAACAAUGGAACCAAGCUUAUAUUGAUCUACCUAACAGACAACUCAAGGUCAAGGUAAAAGAUAGAUCUGUGAUACAGACAACUGAUGCAGAAAGGAAGACUACAGCUCCUGCUGGUUUACAGGAGGCUAUUGAUAAACUGGUGUCUGGAUAUCUAAAGGGUCGAUCAUUUGUGAGACCAUCAGGAACAGAGGAUGUUGUUAGAGUAUAUGCUGAAGCAGAUACCAGAGUGAAUGCUGACAAGUUGGCAGCAGAAGUAGGAGCAGUAGUUUAUGACCUAGCUGGAGGACAAGGGGAGCGACCAUUGUGAUUUACAGUUAUGACUCGUUUUCAGUCAGAAACUACUUAGUAUAUUACUAGUCUCAUUAUAAUCAAGAAACAGUAUUGUGGUCAGGUGAAGGGGAAAUGAUAUUUGUUGGGAAUAUUAUUUGAUAGAAGGCAGCUUAUUUAGGCUUGUUUAAGGUUGUUUUUUAGUGUAGUUAUUGGAUGUAGAUGUAAUAUCAAUCAAUGAAAAUGUAAUUUUUAAAACAUUUUUCUCAUAAACUUUUUAUUGUGUUGAUGUUGCAAAGUCUGACAUAGGUGUUUCUUUUUUCAGUCUUCUUUGUCAAUGAUCUAUAUUAAGUUCUCUGAUAAGGGGCAUUUCAGAAUUUAAGUUUGUUACUGUAAAUUUAGAAAUUUUUAGCACGAAAUAUUAUUUUUGCAAAACCUAUCCCAUUGCAAUUUUGUCAAUUAUAAAAACACCCAAAAAAUUUCUGAAUUUACAGUACAUGAUUGAUAUAUCCAAACGUCUUAGUUGCAUGCAUUAUAUGAGACCCUGGCUCUGAUAACUUAAACAAUUAAGGAAUUGGGUAUACUUUAAUAAGAAAGCAACUCAAUGAUAAAAAAACAGCAAAAGACAUCAAGUGGUUGACAAUAGACAAAAGUUUAUACAAUAUGUCAUGCUCUAACUUGCCAGGAAUAAAGUUUAUUAAUAAGGUGUAUUUUUCUUUAACUCGGCCUUAGAGUGAAGUAUUCAUAUCCAUGGUUCGUCCAUGCUUAUUUUCGUACUGUAAAAAAACCAGGCCUCACCAUUUUGAUUUCUAGGCUUUCUAGGUUUCAGUAAAAAAAUCAACAGAGUAGUGAAAAAUACAUCACAUGAAGUUCUGCAGAAAAAUGGGGCAAAAAAAAAAAAGAAAACAGAAAUAUGGGCUAUAAAAAAAAAGAAUACAGAAAAGGGCCUAGGAAAUUAAGAAUACAGAAUAAUGAUGUGCUAAAAUAUUAAGAAUAGAAAAUGAUAGGCAAUAUUAAUAAAGAAUAGAGAAAAAAGGCAAAUUUUUUUUUAAAGAAUACAGAAAUGUAAACCCCUUCAUCCAGACCCUCUUUUACCCCUGAAAUUAAAGUUGAAGUGAGUCUUAGAGCACUGUAUUGAAAGCAGUCAUAUUUUCUGGUGCAUUGUACUAUUAUUUCCUUUAAAGAACUUCAGUGAUAACACAUCAAAUAUAGUUUUGCAGUAUUUUCCUUGGACAGAGAAAUAUUUUUUUUUUGAUUAAACUAGUUUUUGCUGGACUAUUUUUCCCUACAAAGACACACUCUUCCUGUAAUGAUGUAAUUACUGUAAACAGAGGUUCUACACACUAAUUAUCCAUUGUUUCUAAUGACAAUCAUUUCCAUUUCUUUAUUUCUGUCAUUUGUUAUAUUUUUAACUCUUGCAAAUUGAGUUGAAAUUUCAUCUAAUUUUCUUCAUUGAACCAUUUGCUAUAAAUAUGUUGUAUUUAUUUGUUUGCUCACUGUUAGUAUUUAAUUAAAUGUAUACACUUCUUUUACUGACAAUUUGCAAUAUAUGUGACUAACUAAAAAAAUAAAAUUCUGCUGUGAUGGAUUUAUGUCAUAGAAAAGAAACAUGCCAUACACUUUUACCCUGGUUUAAAUAUAGUUGUUGUUAUUUAUAUUUUAUGGUUCAGUGACUUACACAAAUUUUUUUUAACGUACAUUGUAAUGUACAUUUGAAAGAAUUUGUCUAAAAAUUUGAAAAAAAAAAUAGUUUCUUAUUUUGUAAUCUGACUGAAAUUAUAGUUCAGUCUUAAGGCCACAACGAAUUCCAAUUUCAUGAAAUUAUACUUUCUACUUUUUAGUACAAAAAAUACCAGCAAUAUAUUUUUUUUUAAUGUAUUUUUUCAUUUUUAUGAAAAGGGAUUAAAUAAUAUAUAUUUCUUAUCAUGGAAUGUUAACUUAAUAUGAUAUUAAACUAGUAUAUUAAAUGAGAAGAGCCAGUAACCACAAUAAA